GAGCUCGCGGUCUACUAAACACAUAGCAUGUAUGUGUGUCUAGUGUUGGUCCAGUAGUUUGCAGGCUGGUGCCAGCUCAGCCCCUCCCUUCCUGCGAGCUUAAAGGCGGACGCUGGUCCUCGCUGCAGUCCGCAGUAAACUCAGCGGUGCCUUCAGAGUGCAGCAGACUGCAGACUCCAUCACACUCCAUCACACUCCACCUAUCCUCCGCUUCUUCCCCGCGCUGCCAUGGCAGGUGGAAAGGACACACACGGGGCCGGGACAAUGGCUUUCAUCUCAGCCUUGGCGUUUUUGGCUCUAGUGGUCUCUGCUGAAGGAAGUGUUGGACCGAGUACCAACGGCAGCUUUUGCACCGAGUCAAAGGAAUGUCUGGAAUAUCAGCUGGUCUGCAAAACAGAUGAAUAUGAGGUGCGACACUACAGCCCCACUCGCUGGGUAACAACAGAUGCUGAAGCCUAUUUCAUGGGCGUGGGUGCAGCAAUGGCUUUCAGGAGACUGUUCCAGUACAUCACUGGCGCCAAUGAAGAAGGCAUCCAGAUGGAGAUGACCGCCCCUGUCCUGGUCAAGAUCCCAGAGGAAACCAAGAUGUGGGAGCCGGCUAUCUACUCGCUCAACUUCCCACUGCCGGCAGCCUAUCAGGAGAAGCCGCCUGCACCCACCAAUGAAAAGCUGUAUUUCACCGAGAUGCCAGAGAUGGAUGUCUAUGUGAGGAGUUAUGGAGGCUGGAUGCUGUCAGUCACAUCCAGGCUUCACGCUCACCUGCUGACUAAAGAACUGGGGAGAGUUCGAGCUUCCUACAACCACAGUUACCACUAUGGAGUUGGCUAUGACAGUCCCUUGAAGCUGUUGAACAGGCACAAUGAGGUGUGGUAUGUGGCCGAAGGGGAGCCAGUUUGCACAGAUCCACAGGAGCCGACCCCUGCACACACACCCCGGCCGACUCAGACCAACUCCCCCCCAGACUCUCCGUCUGACCCUCUCCCACACAUGCUCUCUGAUUCUCCCGCACUCCCUCCCUCCAACCUAUCCUCAUAUGCCAGGUCCAACUCUUCUUCACAAACGCCCUCUGACACACCAUCUCUCCCCCCAUCUAAUGCUCCACCUAGUCCUUCAUCCAACCUGCCCGCUGACGCCACAUUCAGCCAUCCCCCCACCUCCUCCCAGAUCCUGCUGGACCCGACCACCAACUCUUCCACCCCCGCCGUUGUGAACCCGUCCCUGGAGCCCCAGUCUGAUGCCGCCCUGUGGAACAGCACAGCCCACAGCUCUCUGGGUACACAAGCUGACAGUAACCCUGUGACCGAGCCAGACAACGCUCAUUAGCAACAGUCACAUUUGAUUUGAGCAGCUAUUCCAGGUAUACUAACAUGGAAGUUAAAUAGAAUAGAAGCAGUGGAGGUGUUGCAGAAAAAUGAGUGAAAGUGUGUGAUAGACAGACAAGCUAUUAUCUUCCUCCUUAAUCUCUCUAUCCCUGUGUAAUACACUUACUCCUUCUUAUGGCACUUAGUGUUUAGCUAUAUGUUCGAUCACAGCUUUGCACCUGCAGCUUUCUGUAUCAGCAAACACAAGCCUGUCCACGUUGUCGUUCUGAGCUUGUCAUACAGCUGCAUCAUUGAAUUAAGUAGAUGUAUGUAUUAGUUAGAAAGUUAGAAUUCCAGAUUAUUGUGUUUAUUGACCCAGCUAAAGCGGAAGGCAGGGAUAGAUGCCGUUUAACAUCGGUUUAAUCCAAAAAAUAACUCGGAGGAAACUAAACAAUCAGUGUGUACAGUGUGUUAGUAUGAUGCUGUAAUUAGUGAUUUUUUUUGUGCCACUAUAUAUUUACAGCCAUAACAUCCUACAAAAUUCUACUCUCUGUUUAGAUUCAUGUCAGUUAAUUUCAUGAUAUUUGUGGCAACAUAUUGGUGAAUCAUUAUAAAUUCAGUGUGCACAUGCAUUGGGAUCUUUGGUGUGGCCUUAAACCUAAGUGCUAAUACUUUAUAGCUCUAUAUAAUAGUAGUUUAUGAAGUUUUUUUUAACUUGGGAUCAAAACUUUUUUCCAAGAAUUAGAGCUCAAAAGUGCCUGUAAAUUGAAUGGCCUUAUGUUUUGCAAAUUUGCCAUCUCAGUAUUUUUAAAUGAUUACAAUUACACUAACCAAGUAGCCCAAGUUUUUUGGGCUACUAGAAUUCAAUGAACAUAUUUACAAGAAUAAAAACUUAUGACACAAGGGUUAUUAAUAACAGAGUAUGCUAUGUACCAGAAAGUGGCUUGUUGAUAGAUCUUCCCUUAAUUUCACUGUCAAAAGGUCAGCAAAAAUCAAAUAUUACAUAUUUUAGCAUCUUUAAAUAUCAGUAAGUCUAAUCCACAUAAGACAAUUCUAAACCUAUGUGUAAAAAUGUAAUAUUUGAGAUAAUAUACUAAGAUUGAUUUUUAUUCCUGCUUACUUAGACCAAAAUGUCUCAUCAAUUAAGUCGGGGUUGACCAUUAUCUAACCCUAAUAAGUAGAAAUGUGAAGAAGAAAAAGAUGGCAAGAAUAUCUAAACAAUGUUGGAUUCAUACACUUUCCAAAUGUUUGUCAGGCUUCAAGGAUGUAAACAAAGGGUUUUGGUAAGAUAUGUUGAAUGUUAACAAAAUGUGUUAGUUUCCAAAGGAAAUCCCACAGGGUACCUUUAACUUAACUUAGCUUUUGCACACAGUACAAAGUAAGGCCCUUACUCAAUUCUGCCCAAAUCACUUUUCUGUGUAUCUAUACCUAGAAAAUCAGUCCACAACAAUCCCGUAUCUUCAUCUAGACAGGAAGGACUGCCCCAAAGAUCCCAAAGAGUCAUGCCUGAUAAACCAAUGCAAUACAAGUUACAUCAGUUAAUAAAUCUAUCUGUCUCUGAGCUACAAACUGUGUUUUCUGAGGAAGGUGCAAUAAAAAACCAUAAACUCUU